CGAUCCCACAAUCUUGUUCUUCUUUUCCAAAUCUUGCGCAUUUUUCUACUAUUCCUUUGUCCUUUUGAUUCCCAUUCUUGGAAGUUGCUAUGGUCUCCCUCGGUUCCUCCUAUGUAGAAAUUUUUUCCCGGUGGAGACUUCUUAAGGGUUAUUUUCUUGUACGCGAUGUUUGAAGAGAUAAAAGAAUUGGUCGAUGAUGGAUGAGGACUUCGAAUUGAAGCUUUUUCUUUGUCUUGUAUGCGGUGGCGAAGCUAAGACUUAUUAAGUUAAUUGUUUCUUGAUUGUCAGAUUGCAGUUUAACUUUGGGAUCUUUUGGGUUACAACUGUCCUUGGAUGGUGCAACCAAAUCCUUGGUGGGAGGUGGUGUUUGUUUCGUGGGUCACUUGUCUAUUUGACUACACACUUGGUUGUUGUAAAUUUUUCAGAAAUGUAAUUAUAAACGUGUAGUCCUUAUUUCCAAUUUUUCCAAAGCGUAAAAAUUAAAUAUCCAUGGCUCUAUUUGCUCCUCGAACUCGUAUUGAUUUUACCGGUUGCAACUUCAAGUGUUGAGACAGAUUUUUCAGUUUUGAGUUGCAUCAAGAACAAGUUUCGGAAUCAAAUAGGUGAUCAGUUCGUGAAUGAUUGCCUAAUAGGAUAUAUUGAAAGAGAUUUGUUGAGCAUUGUAGACGGAUAUGUGUAUUUCAUAAUUUUUUUCAAAAUACGGUAAUACGUCGAAACGUUUUGUUGUAACUUGUACUAGCCGGAUAUUUUUUUAAUAAAAAAUUUAAUUGUGAUUCUAAUUUAAUUUUUGAAAGGGACAAACCUAUAUAAGAUUUCUAGGUUCGUCACUGUUUGUGGUCACUCUAACAAAAAUUUAAUCGUGAGAUUUUUCUUAAUAAUUUUUUUAUCUCCUUUUUAGAGUAUUAAUUUUUACAACCUUGUGAGUGGAAGUAGUAUAGUCUGAUGUAGUGUCACUACAACAAAAAUCAAAUAUUUGUGGUUACUUAAAAGAUGAGUAGAAUAGUGGUGAGAGUACUUCUGUGACCAAACUUCGUGGUUUUAAAAUAUUGGUUUUGUGACUUGAAUCAUUUGGUGAGUGAACAUAAAAUUAGUUAGUUGACAUUUACAUAAUUUAUGACCAAUUACAAUAGUGGAAAUUACAGCCAAAUUCUAGGCUGCAAAUAGUAUGGAAGGCCAAGACUUUAAGAGCCUAAAACUUCGUUGGAUCACACUAUAAACGACGAGAGAGAAAUGCCAUUCUCAUUUCUCAAUCACAAACUUCGUAUAAAUGCGCGAUAAUGAGAUCUCAGAUGGUCGCUAUUGAUGGAAAUGGAAGGCAGAGCAUUAUUAAACAACCAUUAACGAUAGCCACAGAGAUGAUGAAAACAUGGAACAGCCAACGGAAAUGAGCCCUGAUCACCCGCCAAACACAAUCCAUCCAACCAUGUUUCUUCUGUUCUUCUGACACAGAAUCUCAUCCGAGGCCAUCUCUCUACCCACCUCGAAGAAGAGAUCAUCAAGCGAAACAAUGGCGGAUGACGAUGAGGCAGCCAAAGGAAGGCCGCGAAACAAUGCCUUCGUGCUCUCGACAUUGUUCCGAAUAACGGGAUCUCUCGUAACCAUGGCGGUCCUCCUGUUUGCAAUUCGAACCGGUUUCGAACUGGCAAGAGGUUCGAGCAGGAGGUAUGCCACCUACGCCGACUGGGCUUUCCAUAUCGGAGUUCUGACCAUGGUUCUUGGCAUCUUGUUCCUGGUGGUCGGCCUGCCGAUACUGGCAGACUUGUUCAUGAACCUCUCGGAACAGAUGCAGAAAGAAGCUGGGAUUCAAAAAGGGACAGAGACGCAGGCAAUCUCAAGGGCAAGCGCUCAGAUCAUCAGUAUCAUUACUAUCCUGUCUAUGCUUUGGUGGGUCAUUUACACGGGGUUUAAGCUAGCAUCUGAACAUAGAAGAGACAACAAAUACUACUGGCUAACAAUCUCCAUUGGGGUGACCACAGUAACAUUCGGUUUCGUGUAUUUCAUCAUUGGACUAGGGAUACUAGUGGAUCAAGUGAUAGACUUAUCAGCUCAAGUGCAGCAGCGGAAGAAGAAGAGAAUGAAACACCAUUAUCAAGGUUAAACCAAGGGAUCCAACCCCUUUCCGGGAUCAUAAGGGCACCAAUGAUACAACUAUUCCAUUGUGAUUCAUUAUUGAACGAGGCUCUAAUUUUACUUGGGAGGGUUAAGCUCCACCGUUGUCAGAUACAUAUAAAUAUGCCUUCCCGUG